AUGUGGGAUACACUGCCUGCUGCCCGCUUAUGUGAGUCUCCUUCUGGAGUUGGUGACAGGGAAUGGACAGACCUGGUUCUACACUUCAGAGAAUGCACAGGGGCUUUGAAACUUGGUUAUGAUAUUCCUAGACCUGGGGAGCUUCCAUUGAUAAAUGGCUGGUUUCCUUUUAUUGGAGUGUUCCUUCAAAUGAAAAAUAACCCUUUGAAAACCAUCAAGAUUAUCAGAAAAAAAUAUGGAAACAUAUUUACCUUACAAAUUAAUGGAAACUACUUUACCUUUGUACUGGAUCCAUUUCAAUACACAUUGGUGAAGAAUCCUGACACAAAUUCGGGUGAAAUUAUCCAUGAAUUAAGAGAGGACUUUGUCAAAUUUGAUAAUGAAUUCUUGAGUCUUUUGUCACCCCUACCUACCUUGUCACUAAGAGCUGUGAAGAAUAUUUGGGAAAAGUUCCUACAAAAUUUUUCAUCAGAGAACAUGUCCAAAAUGCAGGAAACAUCAGAAGUUAUCAGAAUUAGAAUAACCCUUCUUGAGAAAUUUCCAGAGCUUCAGGAGUAUGGAAAAGGAGAAAUUUCUGCCCUUUUAUGUAAUAAUGAAGAGGAUGUCAUCCUAAAUUUAGGAAAUGGAGAAGUCCAUCUACGAAAAGGAGAUAACACCGUCAUUUUCCCACCAUUGCUGCACUAUGACCCAGAAAUCUUUGAACAGCCUGAGGAGUUUAAGUUUGAUCAUUUUGUAGAAGAUGGCAAAGAGAAAACUACCUUUUUCAAAAGGGGACAAAAGGUGCCUUAUUUCCUAACACUCUUUGGAUCUGGAAUCAGCAAAUGUCCUGGUCGAUUCUUCGCGAUGUUAGAGAUGAAGCAGUUCCUGAUUCUUCGGUUUAUGUAUUUUGAUGUAGAAUUAAUUGAAGACAAACCUCAACUACAAUUCACAAAUUCCCUUUUUUUUUUUUUAGCACCUCCCCGGUGUUCUGUGCUGCACCAAGCUCCACAAGAGAGUGGAGGAGAGGAGAGAACAGGAAAGACACAUGUCUGGGCUUGUAAUAGUGUGCAGCUCUACAUCCUGCCUCCUGCCUCCUCCUACUUCUGUGGGAAUCCAAGCUCCAAAUGGCAGAAAUUUGCCAAGGCUGUGAAAAUAGCAGCAUGGCAGCACCCUACACUGCUGGACCAGAAAGAAUAUUGA